AUGGCAAAGUCAGACCAAGGCGCACCGGAGCCCAUCGCCAUCAUUGGCUUUGCAUGCCGUCUUCCCGGAGGCAACUACAGUCCACAUCAACUCUGGGACUUUUUGGAGAGGGGGGAGAUCGCCUGGAACGGGGUACCCCCAACAAGGUUCAAUCUGGCGGGCCACUAUGAUGGAUCUAUGAAGCCCAAGACCAUGCGCCAGCCUGGUGGCAUGUUCCUCAAGGACAUAGACUUGGCCGACUUUGACGCCGGCUUCUUCGAGGUCGGAACUGGCGAGGCUACCGCUAUGGACCCGAAUCAGCGUCAGAUCCUCGAAGUAGUAUACGAAGGCUUAGAGAACGCCGGCAUUCCGAUGGACAAGUUGGACAAUCAGGUCGUCGGCUGCUACGUAGGAUCUUACGGCGUGGACUAUGCCGACAUGGCAAGCCGGGAUCCAGAAGACAGACCGCUGGGCAACGUCGUCGGCAUCGCCCGCUGUGUCAUGGCAAACCGCAUCAGCCAUUUCCUCAACCUCAAGGGGCCGAGCAUCACGCUCGACACGGCAUGUUCAGGGAGCCUCGUUGGCCUGGAUCUGGCAUGCCAGAAUCUGCGCUCGGGGACCAUCAAGAUGGGCAUCGUCGCAACUUCAAACUUGUACAUGAGCCCGGAGCACGUUAUCGAUGCUGGAAACGUCGGAGGCGCGCACUCUCCCACGGCGCUGUGUCACACUUUUGACCUGGCGGCGGAUGGAUAUGUCAAGGCUGAGGCAGUGAGCACGGCAAUUGUGAAGCGGCUGUCGGAUGCUAUCCGUGAUCGUGAUCCGAUAAGAGGCAUCGUACUCGGCACAGCCUCAAAUCAUAAUGGACGGACAGCUGGAAUCGCGAGUCCAAAUGCCGAGUCUCAAGCUCUCGCUAUCCGUGCGGCUUAUGCGAACGCUGGCAUCACAGACUUUAGUCAGACGACGUUCCUGGAAUGUCACGGCACGGGCACGCAGGCCGGUGAUGCGAACGAGGUCAGGGGCAUUGCCUCGGUAUUUGCCGCAGGGCGUUCAGAUGACAAGCCGCUCAUCAUUGGCUCGAUUAAGAGUAACGUUGGGCACUCGGAGCCUGCUGCUGGGUUGUCUGGGCUGAUGAAGGCCAUCAUGUCGAUUGAAAAGGGGGCGAUUCCCGGCAACCCGACCUUUAUCACCCCGAACCCCAAGAUUGACUUUGCCGCAGCCAAGGUUAAAGUAUCCCGUGUCCUUGUCAAAUGGCCCGAGGACGCCCCUCGAAGAGCGAGCAUCAACUCCUUCGGCAUUGGAGGCUCAAACGCCCAUGCCAUCGUGCAACAGGUCGAUCCCUUGGAUGCAGUCAACCACACGUCUUCCUACAUUGAUGUUGAAAAGGACUUUGAUGCCGACAACCACGAGGCAAGCCGCCCAAGCGUCCUUGUUCUGUCUGCAAACGAUGCCGCCUCUCUUAGUGCCAACAUCAAGGCUUUCUGCACCCACCUCAUCAACCCACGAGUCAAGAGCGCAGGUCACGACUCUUCCACCGCGCCUUUUGUGACCACGACGACGACGGAUAUCCGGGAGGAUGACUUCACCAUGUCAAAGAGUGGCUCGCAGCCUCCCAAGAUCGGCUUCAUUUUCACCGGACAAGGAGCACAGUGGGCGCAGAUGGGCAAAGAUCUGCUGGAAAUGUUCCCUUGGACACGAGCAAUUCUGGAAGGGCUUGACCAGGUGCUUCAAGCUCAGCCCGAUCCGCCUGCAUGGUCUCUUUUCUCCGAGUUGACGGAGCCUCGCUCUGCAAAGCACAUGCGCCAGCCUGACAUCUCCCAGACUCUCGUCACAGCACUGCAGCUUUGCAUAUUUGCCGUGCUGGAGUCUUGGAAUAUCAAGCCAACUUCAGUCGUCGGUCACUCCUCCGGCGAAUGUGCCGCAGCUUAUGCCGCUGGUUGGCUUGAUCGUGCGGGUGCCCUCAAAGCAGCCUACUACAGAGGCCGAGCCGCAAUCAAUCGUGCUUCCGAGUCGGAAAAGGAGGUCGGUAUGCUUGCGGUUGGACUCGGCGCGGAGGGUGUUGCCGAGUUUCUGGAAGAACACAAGGAGAGUGUUUCCAUUGCGUGCUACAACAGCCCCAACAGCUUGACACUCUCUGGCAAGAAGCCUGCGCUCGAGGACAUAGCCAGCAAGAUCAAAGCCGCCGGCCACUUUGCUAGGAUGCUGCUCGUGGAUAUGGCCUACCAUUCCAAGUUCAUGGACAUUACGGGCGAAGAAUACCGAAGGCUUCUGGAGACCGAUGAUGAGUUCUUGCCCCUGGCAAAUUCGUCGUCCGGCGUCAGCAUGUUCUCGUCUGUCGCCGGUGCCAGAAAGAAGACUCCUGCGGACUCGUCGUAUUGGCUGGCCAACAUGUCUUCUCCCGUUCGUUUCGACGAUGCCCUCAAAGAGAUGAUCACCCAAGAUUCCCCCACGCUUCUUGUUGAGAUCGGUCCUUCUGGAGCUCUGGCUGGUCCCGUCGCCCAGAUUCUCAAAGCAUUGCCGAACGGAAAGGACGUCACGUACUGCUCCUCGUGGUCUCGCGGAUCUAACGCCGGCAAGUCUCUCUUCGACGUUGCCGGCCGGAUCUACGCAACCGGUGGCCCCAUUAACCUGUCCCUCGUCAACGACUACAGAGAUACUGUACGCACCAUCAUUGACCUUCCCAACUACUCUUGGAACCAUUCAGUCAAGUACUGGCAUGAAAGUGCUGCGAGCAAGGACUGGCGAUUCAGGAAGUUCCCCGUCCACGACCUGCUCGGAAGCAAGGUUCCCGGCAUCCCUUGGACUUCGCCGGUAUGGCGCCACACGCUCAACGUUGCCAAUGUGCCUUGGAUCUUGGACCACAAGAUGGGCGGCGACGCCAUCAUGCCUGGAGCCGGCUUCCUCACCCUCGGCUUGGAAGCCUUGUAUCAGAAGCAUUGCGCUCUCAACGAAAAGGAGGCUCCGGCUUCCGCCAACGAACUGUGCUAUCGCUUCCGCAACGUGCGCUUCAACAGAGCCAUGGUGCUCGAGGAAGGCAAAGACGUCCGUCUUAUUCUUUCGCUGAGCCAAGUACCCGGCAGCAAGGAAUGGCAUGAGUUCCGAAUCUCAACGACCGAAGCCGAUGUGGAGGUCGAGCAUUGCUUUGGCCUUGUCCGGAUCCAGGACCCCGUCAACGAGAAACUCGACGACAUCGCGCCCCUUGAGCAUCCUCAGAACGCAAAGCAGUGGUACAAAGCCGAGGCCGAAAUCGGCAUGGACUUUGGUCCCGACUUCCAGAAGCUCAUCAGCAUCGAGGCAACCAGCGGCUUGCGCUCAUGUCGGACCUUGAUGUCGCUGGCACCGCCCAGUUCGAAAUGGUCGCCUCAGUCCUACUAUCCGGUUCAUCCCGCCGCUCUCGACGGCUGUUUUCAGACUCCUAUUCCAGCAAAUGCCGUCGGCGAGCGUGUCAAUGUCAGAGACGUCAUGAUCCCGGCCAUGUUUGACGAUGUCCUCAUCAACAGCGUUCCUUCACGCCUGCACGAGGGCGUCUCCUAUGCCACUUCUGUGUAUUCGGGACGUGGCCGCCCAGAUCAGGACAAGAGCUGGAAGGCGAACAGCUCCAUAUACGACUCGGCCACCGGCAAACUGGUCGUUCGAGUUACGGGCAUCAACUAUGUCAAGCUUGAUGUGGCUCCAAAGCCCGACCCUCAUGUGUUUGAUCGCAUUUCCUGGCAGCCCGACAUUUCUCUUCUCACACAGGAUCAAAUGAUGUAUUUGGACGUUGAAAAGGCACAAACCAUGAUUGACCGAGUUAUCGACCUGAUCGCGCACAAGAAGCCCGCGUUGAAGAUAUUGGAAGUCCAUCUGGAGGAGACGGACACUUCUUGUCUCUGGUUUGGCGCCGGCAACUCACCAGCCAGAGCCGCAUAUUCUCGGUAUGAUUUCGCUUCUACUGAUGCAAAGGCCCUGGUGGCUGUCCAGGCCAAGCACGAGGGAGCAGAUGGCACUUCCUUCUCCGUCGUGAAGCCAGAUAUUGAGGGCCUUGGAAUUCCUGCCGAGGUGAUUUAUGAUUUGGUCAUUGUGAAGUCUUCGAUAAAAGUCCAGCUUGAGACAGAUGAGGCAAUGAGAAACCUGAAGCCCCUACUUGCGGCUGAUGGCCUGACGCUGGUGAACCAGUCUCCCCAAUCGCCAGGAACGCCUCCCACAUCCUGGGGCUCUGACGGCGAUCGACCCUCCAGUUCCCUGGACUCGACAGCCAGUGACCUUGAAGCGUCGAAGACGGCCCAGGACGACGUUGGCAGUCUCGAGCGCUUUUCCAGAAGACGUCGUGAGAGAAUCCACGAACCCAGUCCCAUUCUCACGAUUGCUGCCACUGAUGACGGAAGUCUGGGCUUUCUGUCGCGUAACCCUACAAAGACGGCGCCCUCGACUUCGCGACAUAGGCUUCUUGUUGCCAGUCUUAAGGGCACGAGCAAGCCGGCUCUCGGUCCUUCUUUGCUGGCCACAUUGUCUGCUUCUGGCUGGGAAAUUAUACAGCAGACAUAUCCAUUUCCUCCUGUUCCGGCUGGAACAGUUGUGUUGAUUGUCGACGAACUGUCGCAUCAUGUUCUCAGACAUGCGAGCGAGCCUCAAUGGGAAGCUAUCAAGGCACUCGUUACUUCGGGCAAUCCUCUGCUUUGGGUCACGAAAGGCUCUCAACACCCCGUCACCGAUCCCGACAACGCCCUUGUGCACGGGCUCUUCAGAGUUGCCCGUCAAGAGGACCAAAGCCUCAAGCUGACCACUCUUGGUGUUCAGUCCAGCACAAGUCGUGCCACAGAGUGGGCGAUUGAUCGCGUGCUUCAAUUGCUGGCUCAGGAUGCCUCGCCGGAGACGCAGUACAUGGAGCGUGACGGCGUCUUGCAUAUCCAGAGACUCAUCCCGGACGCUGCCGUGAAUGAUUUCAAACGCGCCGAAGUCGAAGGCCUGGAGCCCGUCUCCAAGCCGUUUCACAACAAUGAGGCACAAAUCAUGUUGAGGACCGAGCGAAUCGGCACUCUCCAAAGCCUGACGUGGUGCGAAACAGAUGUCGAAGAGCUUCCACUUGAGCCAGGCUGGGUGGAAGUCGAAGUCAGAGCCGGGGGUGUCAACUUCAAGGACGUCGCCAUCACCAUGGGCAUCGUCGCAGAUAACGAAUACACGAUUGGUGUUGAGUGCGCUGGUCCCAUUCGGCGGAUAGGCUCCAACGUGACCAGGUUCAAGGUGGGUGAUCGAGUCUGCGUGCUGAAGCCUGGCACAUAUGCGAAUCGAGCGCAUGCAGAAGCCGAUCGUUGCCAUCUCAUUCCGGACACCAUGACUUAUGAAGAGGCUGCUACCAUUCCCUCGGUUUAUCUGUGCUCGCUGUAUUCGUUGUAUCACCUGGCGGAUAUCCAGGAAGGACAGUCUGUUCUUAUUCACUCUGCUACUGGUGGCGUUGGAAUCGCAUGCAUCGGACUGGCUCGGUAUAGGAAAGCAGAGAUCUAUGUCACUGUGGGAACAGAAGAAAAACGCGAGUUCCUCGAAAAGAACUACGGUAUCCCGAGGAGCCGGAUGUACUCUUCGCGGAGCACAGACUUUGCAUCGGAGAUUAUACGAGAAACUGACGGGCGUGGCGUCGAUGUCAUUGUCAAUUCUUUGACUGGUGAGCUGCUGGAUGCCUCGUGGCGGAUCGUCGCCGAUGGUGGCAUCAUGGUCGAGAUCGGUAAGAGGGACAUUAUUGAUCGCAACACGCUGGCCAUGGAGCCGUUUGAUAGGAACUGCUCGUUCCGUGCCGUCGACAUGUCGUAUGGCAAGCACAUGGACGAGAAGAAGGUGGCCAAGCUUUUCGAGGAACUAUUUGCUCUGAUCAAAGCGGGUCACCUCCAGCCAAUCCAUCCUGUCACCAUCUUUGGCUUUAAUCAGAUUCCAGCUGCUUUGGCUCAUAUCCGUGCCGGACGGCACAUGGGCAAGAUCAUCAUCUCCAACCAGCAAACGGAAGACCUACAGGUCCCAGUUCGUCCCGCUGUUCGCAAGCUCAAACUGCUGCCAGACGUAUCUUACCUCGUCGUCGGGGGCCUCCGGGGUGCUUGCGGAACGCUGAUCGUUCACAUGGCGCAGCAUGGAGCCCGUCACAUCGUUGUCAACAAUCGGAGUGGCAUUCAGGACGAUGCUUCUGCCAAGAUUGUGCGCGACUGCCUUUCUCAUGGCUGUGUUGUCACUGAGGCGAGAGGAGACGUUGGUGAUUAUGAAGUCGUGAGCGGCAUAUUCAAGGACACGGUGCCGAGGAUUGCCGGCGUUGUCCACGGCCCUAUGGUACUAAAUGAUAAACCGUACGAGAACAUGACGGUGGAUGACUAUCACUCAACUCUCCACGCCAAGGUCAACGGGGCAUGGAACCUUCACCGGGCGUCUACACAGGUCCUCAAGCAGCCUCUUGACUUUUUCACUAUGCUGUCCAGCAUCUCAGGUAUAGUCGGGCGAAAGGGACAAGCCAACUACGCAGCUGCAAACACUUUCCUCGACGCUUUUGCCAGUUACCGGCAGCUCCAGGGUCUUCGCGCCAACGCAGCGGACCUGGGGAUGAUUGUGGAUGUUGGCCAUAUUGCAGAUGACGAGACCGGCCUGGAAGACAAGUUUGACAAGACCCGCUGGAUCCCAGUCAACGAGGCAAUGCUGCGCAGGAUCCUGACUUACUCCAUUCUGCAGCAGGAUCCCAACACUCAGCUCAACAAAGAGAGCAGCACCCAGAUCAUCACGGGCAUCUCUUAUCCCCUCUCAUUAGAUGAAGCCCACCUGGUCUAUGACGCCCGCUUCAGCUAUCUCUAUGCCGGCCGCGGCAGGCAAGUAGGGCCCGACACCAGCGGCGACACCAGCGACAAGGGCGAUCAAGCACUACGAACAUUCCAGGUGAUGCACAAGGCAGAAGCUGACACGUCGAGUAUGGUGAACGCAUGCGUCGAGGCGCUCUCUGGGCAGUUUGCAAAGAUUCUACAGCUCCUUGGGCCGGUAGAGCCGGGUAAGCCUCUGAUGGCAUAUGGGCUUGACUCGCUUUCGGCUAUUGAGCUGCGGAACUGGACGCGUGCCAAGAUGGGCGUUGAGUUGACCACGCUGGACAUUAUCAAUGCGAGUUCUCUGAUUGCCUUGGGUGAGAAGGUUGUUUCCAAGUUGACCCAGUCGGAAGAUGCCAGCAAAUGA